AUGGAUUCCGGGCUGCCGGGACCAGGAGCGCGCCCCGACGGCUCCGGGCGGCGGGCACUCUCGCGCGCCCCAGCUCUCGGCGGCAGGUCUUGGCUGUCUCACCUCUACAUCCUGAUCGGUGCUUUUUAUUUCGUACAGUUGCCUCUACAGUUUUCAGCGUCCUUUCCCAUAACCGCAGUGCCGGGAAGAGUUCACCCGCACCCAGCGCCCCUGUGGGGACGGAGUGACGACCUCUCAAAGAAGUGUCAGCCAGGGUAUUACCUGUCAGAAUACAGUGCAUCUUGCGUACCGUGCACGGAUGGAAAGGAUUUUACCAACCAUUCGAACACCCUCUCUUCUUGCCAACUCUGUUCUAAAUGCUUUUCAGAUAAAGUCGAAACAGCGCCGUGCACCAGGACCAUGGACACCCAGUGUCAGUGCAAACCUGGCAUGUUCCAGGAUGACAAUUCGCCUGAGUUUUGCCAAAAGUGCAGCCCUGAGUGCCCCGCUGACAUGGUCAUGGUCAAGCCCUGUACCCCGUGGAACGACCUCGAGUGUGUGAAGCAAGAACCAGGUACCCAGGCCAGCGAGAAGACCCCUGGUUUCUGGAGAACCCGCAGCCUGGAGCCGCCCAUCACUUUUCCUCCCUCCUCAGGCAGUUCGUGGUCAUGGUGGGUCGCAAUUGGAUUCUGCGUCGUUGCUCUGCUGCUCUCGGGAUGUCUGUGUUAUCGUUACAGGAGCACCAUCCUUCAAGGCUGUGGCAUGGAAAACACUUUCAUGAACAGAAUCUUGUCUUUGUACUCAUGUGCCCCAAGAGGGCGUGAGGAUCAGGACAAUGUCCACAACACCUUCCUGAGCCGCGAAGACUCGCCCCCGACGCUGGCCCCUGAGGAGGAACGGGAACGCCAGGAGCACGCGGAGCCGGCAGGUGGCGCAGAAGAGCCCCCGAGAGAGGCAGAGCCUCUGCUGAAACCAGCCGGACCUGAAAGGUCUCACAGGAGAAGGGGGCCGCUGAUUCCGGCGAACGACGCAGACCUCAUAGAAAGCAUGAAGCAGUUCUUCUAUUACUUCGCAGAUGAAGUGCCCUUUGGUUCCUGGAACCUGCUAAUGAGGUCACUGGGCCUCACGGACAAUGAGAUCGAAGUAGCCAAAGCAAAAACACCGUACGUGCGGGAACACUUCUACGAAAUGAUGGUGACUUGGACCAACAAAAUGGGACGGAAAGUCUCUGUUAACACCUUCCUGAACACCUUGGAAACCACGGGGCUUAAAAGUGCAAGGGAAAAAAUUGAGGACCACUUGGUGGCGUCUGGGAAGUAUAUAGAAGGUUCUGUUUCCUGAGGGAAGAGAAUCUUCAGGAGACCUGUGGUUUUUUAGUUUACCUUUUCUCCUGCAAAGGAAGCACAACUGGAAUUAGCCUGGGAGAAACAGGCAGUCCUUGACCAGUACUUGAAGUUGUACUAUCCGAAAACCUACAGCUCUUAAAAGUAUUCCAGAACUUUUUUAAUACACUUUUUAUGAAAUGUUUGUUGUAUACUAGGGCUGAUAGUUAUAGGUUCAUAUGUAUACUGAAAGUUAUUUUAGUUGUUUUUCCUUCUCCUAAACUUGCACUUUUUACUUGUUAUUUACUGUGUUGUAAGAUUCACCCAUGUUAUAUACCCAUUUAGUUAUGUCUAAUUAUGAUAAGCAUUUAUAUUAUUUAUACAAGGUGAGCCAAAAGUAUGUUUACAGCUGUGAUAACAUGAAACGCGGAGUUUAUUCUGUUUUAUUAUUUAUUUAUAAUAUUAUAUUGUAUUUAGCCCAUAGUAGGUCAUACGUGUCUAUGAUUCCAGUCAGUCUGACUCCAGUCCACCUCGACAACCAGUGUUUUGUUUAUUUCUUUUUUUAAUUUAAUCUUACUGUAUUUUUCCCAUUACCAUACAGUCCUCUUAUAUACCCCUCCCCCCAGCAACCACCCCACUAUUGUCCACAUCCAUGAGUCCUUUUUCUUUUUUUGCGCAGUCCCUCCACCCUCUCACUCCCCUGCCACUAGCUGCCAUCCUGCUCUCCAUCUAUGAGUCUGUCUCCAUUUUCCUUGUUAGUUCAGUUUGUUCAUUAGAUUCUUCUUUUGAGUGAAAUCAUAUGGCAUUUGUCUUUCUCUGACUGGCUUGUUUGAUUUAGCAUAAGGUUCUCCAGGUCUAUUCAUACUGUCGCAAAGGGUAAAAUUGUCCUCUCUUUUACGGUCGAGUACUAUUCCAUUGUGUAAAUGGCCCAUAGUUGUUUUAUCUACUCAUCUAUUGAUGGACACUUGGGCUUCUUCCAUGUCUUGGCGAUUGUAAAUAACGCUGCAGUGAACGUACAGGUGCGUAUGUUCUUAUUGAAUUAGUGUUUUGGGUUCUUUUUACAUAUAUUCCCAGAAGUGGAAUUGCUGGGUCAAAAGGCAGAUCCAUUUUUCAUUUUUUGAGGUAUCUCCGUACUGCUUUCCACAGUGACUACACCAAUCUGCAUUCCCACCAACAGUGCCAAAGGGUUCCCCUUUCUCCACAUGAUUGUGAGCAUUUGUUGUUUGUUGAUUUAUUGAUGAUAGCCAUUCUGACAGGUGUAAGAUGGGAUUAAUUUGCGGUUUCCUGCAUUGCGGUUUUAAUUUGCGUUUCCCUGAUGAUUAGUGACGUUGGGCAUCUUUUCAUGUCUGCUGGCCAUCUGUAUGUCCUCUUUGGAGAAGUGUCUGUUUAGGUCCUUUGCUAUUUUUUAAUUGAGUUGUUUUUUUGGUGUUGAGUUUUAUAAGUUUUUAUAAAUUUUGAAUAACCUCUUGUCAGAUGUAUUGGCAAAUAUGUUCUCCCAUUCUGUGGGCUGUCUUUUUAUUUUGUUGAUGUUUUCCUUUGCUGUGCAAAAACAUCUUAGUUUGACGUAGUCCCAUUUAUUUAUUUUUUUUCUUUUGUUUCCCUUGCCUGGGGAGAUAUAUGCAAUAAAAUACUGCUAUAAGCAAUGUAUUUUAUUGGAUAUAUCCGAGAUUUUGCUGCUUAUGUUUUCUUCUAUGGUUUUUAUGGUCUCAGGUCUUAACAUUUAAGUCUUGGAUCCAUUUUGAAUUUAUUCUUGUGUGUGGUGUAGGAAGGUGGUCUAGUUUCAUUUUUCUGCAUGUAUCUGUACAGUUUUUCCAAAGCCAUUUGUAAUAAGUUGUCUUUAGCUCAUUGUAUGUGUUUGCUUCCUCUGUCGCAUAUUAAUUGACUAUAAAGGUGUGGGUUUGUUUCUGGGCUCUUUAUUCUGUUCCAUUGAUCUAUUUGUCUGCUUUUUGGCUAGUACCUGGCUGUUUUUAUUACUAUGGCCCUGUAGUAUAGUUUGAUACUAGGUAGCAUGAUUCCGCCAACUUUGUUCUUUUUCAGGGUUGCAGUUGCUGUAAGGGGCCUUUUGUGGUUCCAUGUAAAUUUUGAAAUACUUGUUCUAGGUCUGUGAAAUACAUCAUUGGAAUCUUGGUAGGAAUUGCAUCGAAUCUAUAGAUUGCUUUGGGAAGUAUGGACAUUGUAAUGAUAUUAAUUCUUUCUAUUCAUGAACACAGUCAUAAGCUUCCACUUAUUUGUAUCUUCUGUCUCUUUCUUCAGUGUCUUAUAAUUUUCCUAGUACAAGUCUUUUACAUCCUUGGUUAGAUUAAUUCCUCGGUAUUCUUUUUUUAGCAAUUGUGAAUGGGAUUUUCUUAAUUUCCCUUUCUGUUAGUUAAUGACAUAAAAAUACAACUGAUUUGUGGGUAAUAAUUUUGUAUCCUGCUAGUUUGCUGAAUUCAUUUAUCAGUUUUAGUAGUUUCUUAGUGGAAUCUUUGGGAUUCUCUAUGGUACAGUAUCAUGUCAUCUGCAAAUGACAGUUUUACUUAUUCCUUUCCAGUUUGGAUGCCUUUUAGUUCCUCUUAUCUGACUGCUGUGGCUAGGACUUCCAGUGCUGUGUUGAAUAAGAGUGGUGAAAGUGGACAUCUGUGUCUUGUUCCGGUCUUAGGGGGGAUGCUUGUAGUUUCUGCCCAUUGAGGAUGAUGCUGGCACAGGAUUUGUCAUAUAUGGCCUUUAUUGUGUUUAAGUUGUUCCCGUGAAUCCCACUUU